AGAGAGCUACUGCAAAAGCAGCAUUGGUCUGCGGAUGUUUACUCUGCACUGUGCCUGUGGUCAGUUUUCUCAUCCCACCAGGUACAAAAUUGGAAAUGGCUUCCCCAGAACAAAAGGGCCUUGUCCCCUUCACCAGAGAAUCUCUUGAACUUAUGAAACAGCAUAUUGCUAAAAAGCACAGUGAGGAACAAAGAGAUUUAAAGCCAAACACUGACUUGGAAGUUGGAAAAGAGCUUCCAUUUGUUUAUGGGAAUCUCUCUCGAGGAAUGGUGUUGGAGCCCUUGGAAGAUGUGGAUCCAUACUAUAAGAAUAAAAAUACUUUCAUGGUAUUAAAUAAAAGUAGAACAAUCUUCAGAUUCAGUGCCACGUGGUGUACACUUUCUCCUUUCAAUUCAGCUAGAAGAACAACGAUUAAGAUUUUGGUGCAUCCCUUUUUCCAACUAUUCAUUUUAAUUAGCGUCCUGAUUGACUGCAUAUUUAUGUCCAUGACUGAGAUGCCAAAAUGGGGCUCAGCAAUACAGAAUAUUUUGCUUGGAAUUUACACAUUUGAAAUACUUGUAAAACUCAUUGCAAGAGGCAUCUGGGCAGAACCUUUUUAUUUCUUUGGUGAUCCAUGGAACUGGCUCGAUUUCAGUGUAACUUUGUUUGAGCACAUAACAAGAUACUUAAUUCUCGGCUCAAAUACUAUAAUAUUUAGUAUUUCAAGAAAUUUGAGAAUUUUGAAAAUUAUUUCCCUAAACCAAGGUCUGAAGUCUUUCACAGGGAUCCUCAUCCACUGCUUGAAGAAACUUACUGGGGUCAUUUCCCUAACUCUGUUUUUUCUGACUGUAUUUUCUUUAAUUGGGAUGGGGCUCUUCAUGGGCAACCUGAAGCAUAAGUGUUUGCGAUGGCCCCAAGAAAACGAAACUGCAACCCUGCACAACAGAACUGAAAAUCCAUAUUAUAUGCGAGAAACAGAAAACUUUUAUUAUUUGGAAGGAGAAAGAUAUGCUCUCCUUUGUGGCAACAGAACAGAUGCCGGUCAGUGUCCUGAAGGAUAUGUGUGUGUGAAAGCUGGCACAAAUCCUGAUUAUGGCUUCACAAAUUUUGACACUUUUGGCUGGGCCUUACUUGCCCUGUUUCGGUUAAUGACUCAGGAUUACCCUGAAGCACUUUAUCAUCAGAUCCUUUAUGCUUCUGGGAAGGUCUACAUGAUAUUUUUUGUUGUGGUAAGCUUUUGGUUUGCUUUUUACAUAGCAAGUUUGUUCUUGGGCAUACUUGCUAUGUCCUAUGAAGAAGAAAAGCAGAAAGCUGCUGAAAAAGCUAAGAAGAUUGAGCCAAAAUUUCAGCAGACUUCAAAAGAACUUCAAGAAGGAGACAAAGCAGUUGAGACCAAGACCACACAAAUAGAAAUGAAGAAGAGAUCACCAACUUCUAUGAUCACUUCUUUGAAUAUGUUGGAUGAUGCUACUGCUGCUAUCAGACAUGAGGAAGAAUCUGAAAAAUCCAGGAAGAGAUGCCCAUUGUGUUGGCAUAGAUUUGCUAAAAUUUUCUUGAUCUGGAAUUGUUCUCCCUGUUGGUUAAAAUUGAAAGAGUUUAUCCAUAUGAUUAUAAUGGACCCAUUUACUGAUCUUGUCCUUACCAUAUGCAUAAUUCUAAACAUAUGUUUUUUGGCCUUGGAAUGUUAUCCGAUGAGUGAAGAAACCAACAAUGUUCUUAGCAUUGGAAACCUGAUUUUUAUUGGAAUUUUCACAGCAGAAAUGAUUUUGAAAAUCAUUGCAAUGCAUCCAUAUGGGUAUUUUCAAGUAGGUUGGAACAUUUUUGAUAGCCUGAUUGUGUUCCAUGGUUUAGCAGAACUUUAUCUAGCAAAUAUUCAUGGAGUGGCUCUUUUUCAAACAUUCAAGGUGUUGAGAAUUUUCAAGUUGGCAAAAUACUGGCCAACGUUUAAGAUUCUGAUGCAGAUUCUUAAUAUCUCCUUGGUGGCCUUGAAAGACUUGGUCCUGCUGUUGUUCACAUUCACAUUCUUUUCUGCUGUGGUUGGCCUGAAGCUGUUUGGUAUGAGUUAUGAAGCAUGUGUCUGCAACAUAGACAAAGACUGUCGUCUCCCACGUUGGCACAUGCAUGACUUCUUCCACUCCUACCUGAAUGUGUUCCGGAUUCUUUGUGGAGAGUGGAUAGAGACUUUAUGGGAUUGCUUUAAGAUAGCUGGCCAAUUCAGUUGUAUUUCUUUUUACAUGAUGGUCAUUUUAAUUGGAAACUUAUUGAUAAUUUACCUGUUUCUGGCAUUGGUGAGCUCAUUUAGUUCCUACAACCCUGCAACUACUGAAGAGAACAACGAAGCAAAAAAUCUCCAGCGUGCAGUGGCGAAGAUUCAGAAAAGAAUAAACUAUGUGAUUUCUAAAAUAUUAUGCAAAAACCAAAAUGUUUCAAAGGAGACAAUGGACCAUGUAAAUGCUGUAUAUGUUAAAGAGAAUAUUUCUGACCAUACCCUUUCUGAAUUAAGCAACACUCAAGAGUUCCUCAAGGAUAAGGAAAAAAGCAGUAGCACAGAGAAAAACACAAUGACUGAAAACGAGAGUCAAUCACUUAUCCCCAGUCCUAGUGCCUCAGAAACUGUACCAAUUGCUUCAGGAGAAUCUGAUAUAGAAAAUCUGGAUAAUAAGGAGGUUCAAAGCAAGUCAGGUGAUGGGAACAGCAAAGAGAAGGUAAAGCAAUCUAGCUCAUCGGAAUGCAGUACAGUUGACAUUGCCAUCUCUGAAGAAGAAGAAAUGGUUUAUGAAUGCGAGAAGCCAAAACAUCUGAAAAACGGUUAUAGAAGAAGAUCUUCACCUGGCCAACUUAGUAGAGCAUCCAAGAAAGGAAGAAUUUGGCAGAACAUAAGGAAAACCUGCUGCAAGAUAGUGGAAAACAGUUGUUUUAAGUGUUUCAUUGGCCUUGUCACACUGCUCAGCACAGGUGCUCUGGCUUUUGAGGAUAUCUAUAUUGACCAGAGAAAAACUAUUAAAAUCUUAUUAGAAUAUGCUGACAUGAUCUUCACUUACAUCUUCAUUCUGGAAAUGCUUCUAAAGUGGAUGGCAUAUGGUUUUAAAGCCUAUUUCACUAAUGGCUGGUACAAGCUAGACUUCAUGGUUGUUCUGGUGUUUUGUCUGAGCUUAAUAGGCAAAUCUCGGGAGGAAUUCAAACCACUUACUUCCAUUAAAUUCCUUCGGGCACUCAGAGUUCUAUCUCAGUUUGAAAGAAUGAAGGUGGUUGUGAGAGCUUUGAUAACAACAACUUUACCUGCUUUGAAUGUGUUUCUGGUCUGCCUUUUGAUCUGGCUGGCUUUUAGCAUCAUGGGAGUACACUUAUUUGCUGGCAAGUUCUAUGAAUGCAUUGACCCAACAAGUGGAGAAAGGUUUCCUAUAUCUGAAGUCAUGAAUAAGAGUCAGUGUGAAAGCCUUGUGUUUAAUGAGUCCGUGCCAUGGGAGAAUGCAAAACUGAACUUUGAUAAUGUUGGAAAUGGUUUCCUUUCACUGCUUCAAGUGGCAACGUUUAAUGGAUGGAUCACUAUUAUGAAUUCAGCAGUUGAUUCUAUUGGUGUAAAUAGGCAACCUAAUUUUGAAGAGAACAUCUACAUGUAUUGUUACUUUAUCAACUUCAUUAUUAUUGGAUUAUUUCUUCCUUUGAGUAUGCUGAUUGGUGUUAUUAUUGCUAAUUUCAACACGCAUAAAAUAAAGCAGGGAGGCUCAAAUAUCUUUAUAACAGUCAAACAGAAGAAACAAUCCCGUGCACUGAGAAGGCUGUUGUGUGAGGAGUCUCAAAAAACAAUCCGGCGCCCAGGAAAUAAAUUCCAAGGAUUCGUCUUUGACUUGGUAACAAGUGAAGUUUUUAAUGCCAUCAUUAUGGCUCUUAUCUGUUUUCAAGCAAUAACUAUUAUGAUACAAAGUGAUGAACAGAGUCAAAAUAUGGACAUUGCUCUCUCCUGGAUUAACUUAGUUCUUAUUAUACUAUACACUGGAGAAUGUGUACUGAAGCUCAUUGCUUUCGACUGUAACUAUUUCACCAUCGGAUGGAACAUUUUUGAUUUUAUGGUGGUCAUUUUCUCUGUUAUAGAACUAGUUCUGCCUAUAAUGGUAGGAUACUACCUUGUGUCUCCUUCCAUUAUGGAACUGAUACGACUCUCACGGAUUAUCCACAUCCUGCGUCCUGGGAAAGGACCAAAGGUAUUCCAUGAUCUGCUGCUCCCUUUGAUGCUGUCUCUACCAGCAUUGUUGAACAUCAGUCUUCUCAUCUUCCUGGUCAUGUUUGUCUAUGCCAUCUUUGGAAUGUACAAUUUUGCUUAUGUUAAAAAAGAAGCUGGAAUUAAUGAUGUGUCCAACUUUGAGACUUUUGGCAGCAGUAUGCUCUGUCUUUUCCAAGUUACAAUAUUUGCUGGCUGGGAUGAGAUGCUCAAUGCAAUUUUCAACAGUAAAUGGUCUGACUGUGAUCCUGAUAAAAUUAACCCUGGGACUCAGGUUAGGGGAGAUUGUGGCAACCCCUAUGUUGGGAUUAUUUAUUUUGUCAGUUACAUCCUCAUAUCAUGGCUGAUCAUAGUAAACAUGUACAUUGUUGUUGUCAUUGAAUUUUUAAAUAUUGCUUCUAAAAAAAAAGCCAAGACAUUAAGUGAAGAUGAUUUUAGGAAAUUCUUUCAGGUAUGGAAGCGGUUUGAUCCUGAUAGGACCCAAUAUAUAGACUCUAGCAGGCUUUCAGACUUUGCAGCUGCCCUUGACCCUCCUCUUUUUAUGGCAAAACCAAACAAGGGACAGCUCGUUGCCAUGGAUCUUCCCAUGGCUGCUGGGGACAGAAUUCAUUGCCUUGACAUCUUACUUGCUUUAACAAAGCGAGUUAUGGGUAAAGAUGUGAGGAUGGAGAAAAUGAUUUCAGAGAUGGAAUCAGGGUUUGUGUUAGCCAACCCUUUUAAGAUCACAUAUGAGCCAAUUACUACUACUUUGAAACGAAAACAAGAGGCAGUCUCAGCAACCAUAAUUCAACGUGCUUAUAAAAGUUACCGCUUGAGGCAAAAUGACAAAAAUACAUCAGAUAUUCAUAUGAUAGAUGAUGACAAGGAAGUUCAAGCUACCACAGAAAGAGCCUAUUUUGACAAAGCUGAGGAAAAGUCAACUAUUCAAAGCCAAAUCUAA